GGACUUCGUUUCCCAUGAGCAGCGGUGUGGGGGUCACAUGACAAGCACGUGACGUCACAUGUCAUCAUGGCGGCCUCUGUUUCCAGCGAACAUUUCUCCUCCUUGCAGCUUCUUCUGAAGGCUCCAUCUAAAGAUGCUGUAAGGGAGGUGUGUGUCCAGAGCCACCGGGCCCCGAGCCGCCGGCUGGCCGAGACCACCGCAGCAACCCUGAGCAUCUCCCCUGCCCAGGCAGCACAGCUCGUCCAGUCCCUCCACUUCCUGUCUCACCACGUGCUCUUCCACAACCUGAGCUCUCCGGAGCAGAUCCUCGCUCUCUUCCCCGAGUCCUUCCACUCCAGCCUGAAGAACCUGCUCACCAAGAUCCUGCUGGAGCACGGUCCAACGUGGAGAACCGAAGCUCUCAGUAACCAAAUCUCGCUCCCCCAGCUGAAGGAGCUGGACUGGAGAGUCGACAUGGUGACGAGCUCGGACUCCGUCAGCCGCAUGGCUGUACCGACCUGCCUGGUCCAGAUCAAGAUGGAGGAGUCUGGUCCUGCGGCGGGGGAGUGUGUGUCCUCGAUGAUGGUGGAGCUCAGCCGCGAGUCUCUGGACACCAUACUGGACGGACUGGGACGCAUCCGGGACCAGCUGUCUGUGGUCGCCGGCAAAUAAAGGACAAUGAAACGCUUCGGAGCCAGAAAACCAGCCACUGGUUUCCCACCGGGACCAGCAGCACCUGAACGCCUUACCAACGUCUUACCUGGGCGUCGACAUCAAACUUCUGCUGAUGCAGAUUGGAAAAGGCUGAUGUGUUUGGAUUAAAGCUGCCAAACGCUGACAUUUUGUGCCAAUAUUCCAGAUUUUUCCAGUCAAACAGCAUUUAGAGAGCGUCUUAUUUCCUUAAUUUGAAGCAUUUCCCAUUGAAACAGGUUGUUGGGGAGGAGCAUAAUAUUUGGGGGAGGGAUUAUUUAAAAGUUUAAACCAAUGAGGCGCCAGUUAGAGUAAGAAAAACAGUUUGAUUUGAUGGGCAGGAGUGUUCAGAAAUAUGUAAUAUAUUUGUUUCAUGGUAUUUUUAUUUAUGGCUGUUGGUAUGAGACACCACUGUUCAAGAAUUGGGCUUUCAUAUGAAAUUUGACAGAAAAUUCAGAAAACUACAAGUACUCGGUGAACGACUGGCUGGUGACCUGAAAUCACCUCCUUCAGUGUUAGAAAAGUUUUUACCUUAUAUAUAAUUCAGUAUGUAUAUAUACAUAAUGAUGCUUUGUAUAAUGAUGCACAGAGCAGACAGCAGGCAGAUGCAGCUGUGAGUGAAAACUGCACGAGUCAAAUGUGCACACCACUGGCCUCAACCAGCAGCUUGAAUGUUGUAUUUACCCAGAAAUCCCAUGGAGGACAGAACACACUCCUGCUUUUAUAAUAAAAUCUUGACUAGUGCAUAUCACACCGCACGCUCACAAACUAACAUCAUACAUCUGACGCUUUCGUAUCUGUCUUUAAAAAAUGAUUUUGUGUCAUGAAGCAGCAGCAGUAAUAAACUCUACCUGUUGUCGGAGGUCAUCGUCACCUGUGUGUGUGUGUGUGUGUGUGUGUGUGUGUGAGAGAGAGAGAGAGAGUGAGAGUGUGUUGGAUCAAAAACAUUCCAUUUUAACGGCCUUCACUCCCCUGUACUGAUCCUGAAUUUUUUUCAUAAUUUUUGGAUGUUAAUUCCUGCUGUUGUUAA